AGGACAAAAGGUGUGGCGGAGAAUCCAUGGACAAAAGACGGCAGAUUUGUUUAUAUCUAGGGGUUUCCAUUGGAGCUCAUGGACAAGAUUUAUAUCUAGGGGUUUCCAUUGGAGCUCAUAAAUUUGGGAGAACAAAAGACAAAAGGUGCGGCGGAGAAUCCAUGGACAAAAGACGGCAGAUUUGUUUAUAUCUAGGGGUUUCCAUUGGAGCUCAUGGACAAUAUUUAUAUCUAGGGGUUUCCAUUGGAGCUCAGUCAGUUUUUGCGUGGCAAGGAAAGGACACGAAAUUAAUGGUGUUGGAGUGUAGAGGGAUGUCCUGUAUUCUGAGGCCUGUUGGAGUGAGAGGAACGGGCAAAACUAAGUCAUGGCUUCUUUCAUCUUUCUCCUUGCUUAGUUUUCCCGGCUCCUCCCAUUCCUCUAAUCCUCACAACACAUCCCUUCUCCUCCUCCACAAGUCUACACACGCUAUCAAGGUCACCUGGCUUGCACCAGUUCCUAUCUUCUUCUCUAGUGUGAUCAACAAUGCUGUAAUGUUUUCUUGGAGAGCCAGACUGCCAGGGCUUCUUGGUUUCACUUGCGAACCCAGCAGUUCUGUGGUCUAACAGUUUGCCUCGUUGUCACUAGCUGGGUAUCUAUUGAUUUAGCUCAAACUCUGCCCAUCCCAGCAACACAAUUCUUGUUUGAACCUUUGAUUUUUGAACAGCUUUCCUUGUUCACUACACAUGAGGCAUUUUGGUUCCAAGAGCUCAUUAUUGAAGUUUUUGCUGGGUACACCUGCUGAACUUGGACUGGUCAAGGUUGGGUUCUGAUCAAAUCUUGGAUCCAGCUUGGGUUCAGGCAGGAUCUGGCCCUGGGCCUGGCCAUCCAGCUUGGGUACCUCUCAUGUACUUGGGCCAGAUCGCCAGGCCUGGUUUGCUCCCGAGCAAACCCAGGGAGGACUACAGGUAUUUUGAAAAAAUUUAGAACAAAUUUUAUUAGCCCUAAAAGUGCUAUUUUUGAACAGUUUGUAGCUUGGUUAAAGCAUUUAAAUUAUGAAAAAUAGCAUGUGCCAUGAAGGUCCUCAUAGCCUCAAAGGCUCUAAUAGGGAGUGCUGCCUCCAGAUCUUGCAAGAGGUGUUGUCCCUUGAUCCCACUAGGGGCGGCUGAGAAAUUUGUUUUGAGCUGUGCUGGAUGUAAAAGCAGCAGGCUUUUCUUGAGUUUUUCUGAUUAAACCUGAAUGAUUGAAUUCCAUUUACACUUUUAGUUAGCUGAGUCAAUGCCAAUUCCAGAAAAGCUAUUUGGAUUUAUCUUUAAGUUUUAAUGAUUAUGUUUGACAAGUGACAUUGCAUUAUCAAUUAUCAGCCGUGUUUUCAAUUCUGUAUCAAUUUU